AUGCCCAAGAACAAAAAAACUAAAACUACACACCACUCCUCAAAAAAUCCCGGCGAUCUCAGCCAGGCGGAAAUCUGGGAUGACUCGGCCUUGAUCAGAUCCUGGAACGACGCUGUUGCCGAGUACGAGUACUACCACAGCAUCCAUGCGCGCGGAGAAGACGUGGAAGAAAUCAUCCGACAAGCAGAGACGGACGAACUUGGGCAAGCGCGAGCGGAAUCCGAAGCUAUCGCUGGAGUGCAAGGGGAAUGGCACGACACCAACGCUGAUGUUGAUGGUGAAGAUGAGGACUUUGAGGAUGGCGAUCUUGAAGACGGCGAAGUCGACGACGAAAAUGAACUCAACGCAGCAAGACGGGCGUUGAACCAAGAAGUUGUAAAAGUGACAACAAUCCAACCCGAUCCGAUACCCGAGACCAAUAAUGCAAAUCCUCAAACUACAAACCACGAACUUCCCAAGGCCUCUCCGCCGAAGAAUCCGUCGAUUGGACCCAACUUACCGCCGACGAAUGCUGAAGCGGAAUGUACAGCUCCAGCUCCGGCAUCUCUGGACCAAACACUCGAGAACGUUAAAAUGGCAUACUACUGGGCAGGCUAUUACUCUGGCCUGUACGAUGGGCAACGUCAGGCUGUCGGAACAAACCCUACGAAACCUCGCCCGGAGCGCAGUGGGUUAUGA